UCCCCUUUCUCCUAGUGUGUUGACCUGAGUUCUCUUGCAUUUUAGCCUAAGCAUCUCAAGUUCAAGCUCUUGGGUGCAACAAAGACACUCAAUGGCACUUGGAAAAGAGCGAGCUGUUGCACAAGAUUCGCACUUGGGCUCGAUCCAAUCCUACUCAUACUUCAGCAAUGCUUAUGGUGGAUCGUCGAUUCAAGUGUCCGAUUCUCCUCUUGGAUUUUUCGGCUUCAAGAGCUACCACAAGGCGGCGCUUGAAGAAGGAGAUGGGUCGGAGAAGACAGACGGCCCAUUAAAGAGCCUCUCCAGUGGCCAUUUUCCUUCUCUACCCAAUCUUCACGACAUGGACGGGCCCGGCGAAUUCAUGUUUGGAGCCACCGAUUCUCCUUCUCCUGAUGAAGCUCAAUCUCUUCUCAACUUCAAGACUGGGCCUGAUCAUUGGUCCUACUCAAGUGGCUCUGUGCUUAGCUUUGAUCAAGGGGACCGGCUUUCUCACGCCGUCCAUCCAAAGAUUGGCCAUGAAGAUGAAUACUCGAUCUGGGUCAAUUCCGAGGACCACGGUAAUCAGUGCAAUCACCUCGAUUCGAAUAGUGGCAUUGAUUCCCGCCUAGAUGAUGACAUGAACUGUUAUGAGACGGCCAGCGGAUAUGGCCCGCUGAACAAUUCUUGUAAGGAAGGCCGACAUGGGGAUGCACGGCCUGGGUGGCUAUUCACAGGAGCUCUAGCUAGCGACGAUCUCCAUGACACUGAGGGAUCAGACAAAAGCUACCAUAAACACCCUUAUUCAGGCAAUGAUAUGCGAGCUUUAAAGAAGCAUUGUGGCGGCCCGCCUAAGAAGGCCAAACCAAAGCCAAUUCCAUCAAAGGACCCUCAGAGUAUUGCUGCUAAGAAUCGAAGGGAACGGAUCAGUGAACGGCUGAAGAUACUGCAAGAUCUUGUACCAAAUGGGACGAAGGUGGAUUUGGUGACCAUGUUAGAGAAAGCCAUAAGCUAUGUGAAGUUCCUUCAAUUGCAAGUGAAGGUAUUGGCAACCGACGAAUUCUGGCCAGCGCAAGGUGGGAAAGCUCCUGAGGUUGCUCAAGUGAAGGACGCCAUUGAUGCCAUCCUCUCUUCUCAAAGAGAUAGGAAUUCAAGCUCCAAAUGAGAGAGAGAGAGAGAGAGAGAGAGAGAGAGAGAGAGAGAGAGAAUCAAAUGUGGGAACUGGACCCAAGAAGAAGAAGUUGAUGGGAGACUGAGAAUCCCAUGUGGGAAGUGGACCCAGAAGAAGUAGAUGUUGAGGAAUAAAAAUAACACAAGACUCCUAACAAAACCAAAACACAUGGGCACAAAGUAAAAGCCUUUGUUUUGGACUUUAGUGC